AUGAAAGUCUCACUUCUUCAACUCGAGAGAUCUUAUUUAGAAGCCCUUUCAGAAUUUGGAGAGCAUUCUUCUAAGACUUAAGAAACACGUGUAAAGCUUAUUGAAAUUCUUAACCAAACAGGCAAAUACUUGAUAUCUUAAAAGCUUCCUGGAGAAAAGUAUCUCUAAAGAGCUGUUGAAUUAGCAAAUUUGUUAAAUAUGGAAGAAUACUUAAUUAUAAAAUAUUAGACAUUUAUGUUAUAUGCAGAGUACUUUGAAUUCACAAAGAAUUAUAAUUAGGCAUACAAUUUGUUGAUGAAAUUAAUUCCGUUAACAAAGGUGAAUCAAAGGAAUAUAAUAAUGAUCUAAAUUCAAAUUCUUAAUCAUGUAAUUGAAAAUGGUAGAUUAUGUAAGAGAAAUAAUGUUAUUCCAUUGAAUGAAUAAUUGUUAAAUUUGAUGGAGGAGAUAGGACUUAGUUUUUAUUUAUAUAAAGAAUUCCCUAAUAAGUUUCAACAAAUUUUAUUAUAAGCCUUAUCAUUUUAAGCAAAGAUAUAUUUGAGAUCAAAUAAGGAUAGAGAAGCAACAUAACUUUUCUUUUAAUCUUAUCACCUAUGUGAAGAACUCCUUGGAUUUCAUGAUAAGAGAACAUAAGAAUAUAAAAAAUAGUAUGAAUAAUUAAGUGAUAAAAUUUCAGUCAAUUUAGAGAUUUAAAGUCAAGAUGAAGAGGAGGAUGAUAAUAUACAACCAAUUUAAGUAACUUAGAGAGAAGAAAAGAAAAUAUUAUCUUUUCGAUCAAAAAAUACUUACAUUAAUAAUUAUAUAAUAAAUGUAGAUUCUGCUAGAGCACCAAAAUUAGCAAAAAAAAUUGAUAAGACUAAAAUUGAGAAACCUAUUAUUAGUUAGAGAGCACCACCUAAAUUUAAUGAAUAGUAAUUUUAACAACUAUUUAUCAUAAAGAAUACUAUGAAAAGACCUUUGAGUUCAUAAGGAACUACAAAAAUAACAAGUCCAACUAGAUGUUAAUCAAUAGUUUCUAAGAAAAAUAAUAGUAAAAUUUAAAAUAGAGUUCCAUCUUUAGAAUAAAGUUUAAUAAAAUAAUUAGAAAUUGCUUAACCCUAAGAUAGAAUUAAUGAUCUUAUAAUUAAUAGACCACAUUAUGAAGAAGUAAAGAAAUACGAAAUAGUCAAUGCUACAAAAUAAAGAAAUACAAAAUAAUUCUCAUCAAAUUAUUUAAUUUAAUUAAUGCCUCCAUCUCAUUCAUAAAGGCCAUAAAUAAGAGAACCAUCCAAAAAUAAUAUUGCUUAUAAAGUAGACAGUAAAAAGUUUCCUAGUAAUCCUAGUAAUUAAAAGAUUGAAAGAAGUUCUUAAAAGAAAAUAACAACAAAUGAAAUUUAACCUACAUUGAGUAAUAUUAGAUUAGUUGGUAGUGGUAUCAAUUUAACUAGUGAAAAUGAUGAUGAAAAUAUUAAAUAAUAAUAAGAAGAUAAUAGAAAUUAUUCAUUUGAAGAAGAACCUAUAAAAGUUAUGACACAUUCAGAUCCAAUUAUUGCAAAAUAUUUAGAAACUCAUUCAAUGGAAGUAUUAUUAGAAGCUGUUGAUAGAAUCAAAGCUAAAAUGAAACAUCAUGUAUAUUAUUCCAGAAAAAAGAGAAAUGAAAUUGAAUCAAAAUAAAAUGUCAUUUCUCCAGGAAGAUUAAAUCCACAUAAUAAAAAUAUGACUAGAUCAAGUACAUAUGGAUUUGAGAUCAUGGAGAUUGUUGAAAAAAAAAUAUUAGAAAAUGAAGCUAGUAAGAUUAUACAUAAAUUAAUAACUCCUGAUAAUUAAUUAGAUUGGUAUUCUAUUCAUUUUUAUAAUAAAUUAUUUACUGAUCAUGAGACUUCUAAAUGGAUAUUAUAGAAUCCAAAAUUUAGAGGAUAAAUAUUUUAGAAAACAUAAGAUAAAAAAUUAUAUCAACAAUUAAGUGUUGAAUUAAUUUAAGCAAUGUUAUCAAAUUAAAAGAAAACUUCAACACUUUAAGUGAUAGCAUCAAUAGAAUUAUCUAAUAACAUUAGAAAAUUUUAAGUUAGAUUUAUAAUUGAUUCUUUAGCAUAACAUUACAAAGAAAUUUCAAAUUAUGAUGAUAUGUUGGAAUUAUUCAAUUAAUUAACUAAUAUAUACUUCAUCUAAGAAAAUUUAUUAAAUGAAUGGAAAGAAUAACAUCGAUAAUAUACUCUAUAUGUAGUAAUCAAUAAAGAAAACUAAGAUUCUAAAAAUAAAAAUUAGACUGAAAAUAUUAAAGGACAUGAGACAUAAAAAAUAGAUUAUUAUUAAGAUUUAUUAUCAAAGAUCUUAUUUCUUAUAAGAAGAAAGAGUUAUGUUAAAACUAUAAAUGGAUUUAAGUUUAAAUCAGAAACUUAAGAUCUUUAAGACUCUAUUUAAAAAUACAAUAAUUAAAUAUAUUAAUAAAAGAUUUAGAGAAUGAAAUCAUAUUUUUAGUAUAGAGAUAUAUCUUUAUAAUAUAAAGAAUAAAAAUAAUCAAGGGAAUUAGCAAAAAGAUAUCGUAAAAGAAUUAAAGAUAAACAUCUUUUCAUAGCUGAUGAUAGUUAAUAGACUUAUAUAAAUGAUAGUAAUACACCAUAAUUUGAAGAGAAUAAGACUGCAUCCCCAAUUAAAAGUAUUAAACAAAUUGACUCAAUUAAGGAUAAUGAAAAACUAUCUAGAUAAAAUUCUAAUGAUACUCCUCAUUCUAAAUUUAGAUAAUAAUAAUCAUUAAAACCAAAUCCUAGAAUUUCUUAUUAAUAAUAAUAUGAUGUUUAAGCUGAAUUGUCUGAAAUAUUUUCACUUGAAACUCAGGAUUAUCUAACAAGAUAUUUUCCUGAAUUCAAAUUAAAUGUACCUCCUAUUAAUUAUUUUCCUACUCCAAACCCAAUUCUAUAAAAAUAUUUAAUUGAAUCUCAUUAUUACUUUAAAGAAGAAUUUCUUAAUGAAAAAUCCAAUAAAUUACAAUAUAAACCUAUACAUUCUGACAAUUACUUAAUUUUAACUUAAAUCAUCAAAAUUGAAAAAUAAUUCUACUUUUUAACUCUUACUAAUAAAUUAAAAUUAGAAUAAAUUUUUUGUAAAGACAAAUGGGAAGAUGAAUUAGAUAUAUAAUUGAAGGAUUUAAUAAAUUAUUCUGUUGGUAGAACUGGAUAUAUUAUAGAUAUAAUUAAGUUACAAGAAGUUUUAUAAUCAAAAUUAUAAAUUAUUAAUUGUAAGAUCUAAUUAAAAAAAGACGAAACUGAUGAUUCAUCCAUCAAAAAAAACUUAAAGUUAUUUAGAUACAAUAAGUAACUUUAUUUUGCUAAGGAAUCAAUUGAUUUUAUAGAAGAAGAGUUAAAUGAAAUGUCUGAAGAUAGCUAAAGUCAGAAUGAUGAUAGCCUAGAUCUCAUAGAAGAACAUAAAAGAGACCCAUUAAUAGAUAUUAUCUUCCUACUUGGAGUAAUUAAUGGUAAUUCAUAUGUAUACUAUAAUGUUCAUAUAAGAAAUUGUAAACUAUUAAAACAUAUAGAUGGAAAACUAAUGUUGGCAGAACCUGAGCAACUUAGAAAACCUAAAUUUCCUAUUAGAUUGAUUUUAUCUCAUGAAGAUAUGAACAAGCAUAUUGCAAGAACAAAUGAAAAUACAAUUACAGGUAAGGACAUUACAUUAUUUCCCCAUUUUAAUUCUCUUUUUUUAGUUAAAUAGACCUAAUAUAAUUACAAAUUCAUAAAGGUUAGAUUGUAAAUUUAGUCAGAUGUUAAUAAAUUACAUUAGAAUAUUAGAGACAAUUCUGCAAGAGCCUAAUUAUUCAUCUAUAGAAAUAAUAAUAGAAAACAUAUAGUAUGUUUAAAUUCUUAAUAAACUGAAAAAUGGUUUCAUAUUUCUUAGAUUGAUGGAAAAAUGAGAGAUUAUCUAUUUAGUUAUAAAACAAUGAUGAAGAAAACACUAACAGGUUAGAAGUUAUUAUAAAAUGAUAGCAGAUAAUCAAUAUCUAAAGAUUUUAGAUUUUUAUUAAUUUAAGAUAAAUUAGUUAACACGAAAUAGUAUUUUAUUCAAAGUAAAAUUUAAGACAUAGGAUAUGUUUUUGUAACUGGAACACUAUUUUAAGAAAUGUUAUUAAUUAAAAUCAUGCCAGUAGGAAAUAAAAGUAAAAUACAUAUAUUUCUUUAUAAAGUUUUUGAUGAAGAUAUCAUUAGAACAAUGAAUUAAUUAUGUAAAUACUUCAUUUUAAAAACAACUUUAACAUAUUCAAGAUUAUAAUUAGUGCCUAUAACUCAAAAUCAAAUUCGUAAAUAAUAUAUAUUAGAAAAUUAAUUUUGUGAUAAUAAUAUCUUAAUUGGAUCAAAAUCUUACUCAAGAGUGAUAUAUAAAUAAAUUAGGAAAAUUGAUAAAAAUUAUUUUAUUAUAACAGUAACUUUAAUCAAAAAUUAUUUUCAGGUAUAUUUUUAUAAUUAGAGUAAUUGUAGAAGAUUUUAUUAUACAAUACAUAGAUCAGAUUUUUUAAUAAUGAAUAAAUAUUUUUUAGAUUCUAUAUUUCCAGAAUAACCUAAAGAAGUGAUGGAAUAGUUUUUUAGGAAUUGGAAAUUUAAUGAAAUUUCAAAGAUUUAUUCAUUAAUAAUAAAAGCACCUGAGUCAUUUAGAAAUAGAACUCAAAUUUAUAUACAAUAAAUAAAAGAUACAAAAAAAAGUAUCAAGAGAUCAGCAACAUCAAGUCUUUCAAGUAUGAAUAAUAUAAUGAGAUAAUCUACUUUAUAAUUAAAUAAUGUUUAAGAAAAUUCUUUUGAAGAAAAUCUGAAUAAAGAAUGUUGGUUAUUUGAUAUAUUAUUGUUAAGAAAGUAGAAAAGCAUAUUUGAGAAAAAGAUAUGGUUAGAGAUCUUAAAAUAGAUGAGUAUCAAUAAAAAUUAAAUAUGUUUAAAUACUUUCAAAACAACAUUGAAUGAAUUAGUUUAUUAAAAUGAUAGAACAUGCAAUUUUUUAUGUUAUAUUCCUUGUCAAGAAAUCUAGUAAUCAUUUCGUUGGUAACCUAUAAGAUUGAGAAUAUAUGAGUAUGAUAAUUGCAAAACUAUAGAUAUCCCUUUAAAUAUAAGAGGAAAGUAAGUAUAAAUUUAUAAAUAAUGCAAUUAAAUAAUGGAGAAUUAUUUGAAAUAUAAAAUAUUGCCAAGUAAUUAAGAAAUAAUGAAAUUAAACAAAAAUAAUGAUAGUUAAUUAAUAAAAUAUCAAUUACUUUAUAAGGGUGCUUUUAUGAAGCAUAAAAUGUUGUUUAUGGCUAUAUAUUUCAAUAAUGAUGUGUUUCAUAUUUGUAUCUAUAGUAGCUUAAAUCAAAUAAUUAGAAAGUUAGACAUAAUUUAAGUUGAGUUGAAGAUACCCUAUAUAAGGUAAUUAUUGACACUGAAUCCUUAUGAGGCAGGUAGAAGAAUGAGUCUAAUAUACAGAAAUAACUUCAUCCAUGCUUCUUUCCUGAAUUUGUGA